GUUUGGGCUUGCCUUCGUAACCAACCUAAGCAGCCACAAAGUGCAUUAUUUUAACCCUCGCCAGCACAUGUCGAAAGCAUUUGAAUGCUAAUUAUUCGGAAGCCUUUACAUUUUGCAUGUAUGUGUUUAAUUGAAUUGAGUAAAAAUUCGUUGCACUAUCGGCGGGUCCGCAGGCAUGGCUCUAGUUAAGUUAGUCAAGACAAAGGCAUACUUUAAGAGGUUCCAAGUCAAGUUUAGACGGCGGCGAGAGGGCAAAACUGAUUACUAUGCACGCAAACGCCUCAUCUGGCAGGCUAAGAACAAGUACAAUACUCCUAAAUAUCGUUUCGUCGUGCGAAUCACAAACAAGGACGUAAUAUGUCAGGUCGUAUUUGCGCGCAUGAAUGGAGAUCGUGUAAUGUGCAGCGCUUACUCUCACGAGCUUCCCAGAUACGGUGUGAAGGUGGGCCUGUCGAAUUAUGCAGCAGCUUACUGCACCGGUUUACUGUGCGCUAGAAGGUUAUUGCGGAAACUUAAUUUGGACGAACUUUAUGAAGGCGUAAAAGGGGUCGAUGGAGAAGUUUAUAACGUAGAAUCUGCUGAUGGAGAGAGAGGCGCCUUUCAAUGCUACUUGGAUGUAGGCCUCGCACGAACUACAGCUGGCGCCAACAUUUUCGGUGCUUUAAAAGGUGCUGUUGAUGGCGGGUUAUCAAUUCCUCACGGAACCAAUCGUUUCCCAGGCUAUGAUUCGGAGGCAAAGGAAUACAAACCGGAGAUUCAUCGUGCUCGCAUUCUGGGUCAUCAUAUAGCGGAUUACAUGCGGUCGCUUCAGGCGGAAGAUGAUGAAGCGUUCCGUCGCCAGUUUAGUUCUUACAUUAAGAAUGGUGUUACUCCUGAUAACAUGGAACAGAUGUACCUUUCCGCUCACGCUGCAAUUCGAAAUGAUCCUUCGCCGGCUUCACCUGUUGUCAAGGAGUUCAACCGGAAAUCAACUAAGCGUUCGAAGAUGUCUCUCAAGCAGCGUAAAGAGCGCGUCCGAGCAAAGAAAGCACAUUACUUGGCUCAAUUACAGAAGGAACUGGCCGAACAAUAGUAACAAAUCUGUGAAACUCAUGUCUGUUCUUUGGGCAAUAGUCUAUUGCUUCUGAUGGAAGUUAAUUUUUUAUAACGCGACUGGCGAUGUAGGCUCCGUUUUUUCGGUUUGUUAUGCAGAUCACUAAUCUGACCAAAUUUACCAGUUUUUUCCACCGUUUCUGCGUGCUUUGUGUACUUCUGUGCAAAACUAAAUGCCCAAGUGUUUGGCCUAACAAUCUCGCUUACGGGUCACACUGCUUGUGGUUAUUCGUUUCUGUUUGUAAUCGGCUUACCAAUUUUAUGACCCGUGAUCUUCAAAGCCACCUAUUUUCGUAGCUCA